CAGCCCUGCGAGCCCAUCUGCUGGGGAGAAGCUGGGUGUGGACAGGACAGCUUGGUCCUGCUUUGCAGGUCAGAUUGUUGCUGUGACUGACUAUCCCCCUCUCUCACUAACAGAAGCAGUCAGACAUUUGGGCUUUACUUCCCAUUGGUUGAAAUUGGUGUUGCCUUGGCAGCACGUGUAAACAUUCUGGCUGGGAAUCCUGGGGAAAAGCUGCCCAGAGACUUUCUGAGGCUUCCCGGGCUACUACUGUUCCAGACAAGGAUCUGGUCACUCAGAAGGAAGUAGAUGUGGAUAAAGGUCCCUACAAGCCAGAUGAUGGAUACAGAAGACACUCAAAAUGUAACUGAACUAGCUCUAGCUGUAGCCAAGAAUGUCAUCGCUGCUGCUAUCAAGUUCGUGGAAGAAGCCAAAAAGCCCAUCAAAAAUAUCGACUGGAUCACACAGGGUGAAUUCACAGAAGAAAGGGGCCGUAAACAAAUUGAGGAUUUCGUUUCGCACUGGAAGUAUCACGGCCGCUGGGUGCACUACACAGAGUUUUUAAAGAGGGAAGAUGUGAUUCACAGCUUCCACUACAUCUACUGUGUACACUGGAGCAUCCCAACUGCUCGGAGACCCAUACCACGAAUCAGUGCCAGUGUCUACUUCACCAUCAAGAUCAACACAAACAAACCUCCGGAUACACCCAUUGAUGUCUCUUACGUCUUUGAGAGCCAUUCAGUGGUUCACAGACCAGGAACGACUCACUUUCAAGAAAAAUGCCUGAGGGACAUUAUUGAGGGCAAAUAUAUUUUAAUGAAUUCAAAUAUCUUCCAAUUAAACAGAGUCAGAAUCUUCCCGAAUAUUUUAGGAAUAGAUUUCUCAUCGGAGUGUGUUAAAAAUACAAUACUGUACAUUGAACCACAGAAUAGUAUUGAAUAAUAAAC